AUGUUAUCUUUGCCUGACUCGGCGGAGCAGUUUUUUCAUCGCGUUGGCCGUGUGGGGCGGGCGGGGUGUUUGGGGCUGGCGGUUUGUAUUGUUUCUGCGGAGAAGGAGCGUAUCACUCCUGUCCUGAUAGAGGAAGAGGCUGCACAGACAGACGGCUCGCCCAAGAGGGCGGCUGCACCAUUUGACAUACAGCGGAGAGUAGGCCGCGAGUUGCCGCAGUUGCACCCAAAAUAUCUUUACUCUCCAGGCAUCGCUGAUCCCUUCGGCGUCCUCGCAGCAGCAACUAAAGACGACACAACGAGACAGCGCGGAGACAAGCCGGUGCUGCCGGUGUAUGGACAGCAAAAGGCCGAGCAAAGCUCAGCAGCCUCCCGCAAACAUUUUCAGACAGCAGCAACAGUAGCAGCAGCAGCAGCAACAAUAGCAGCAACAGCAGCAACGAUAGCAGCAACAGCAACAGCAGCAGCAGCAGCAGCAGCAGCAGCAAUAGCAAUAGCAGCAAUAGCAGCAACAGGACACAGCGUUAUAACGCAAAGAGACAGAAAGAGACACAGAGACGGAGACAGAGACAGAGACAGACAGAGACAGAGAGAGAAAGAGGGAGACAGAGACAGAGAGAGAAAGAAAGAGACAGAGAAGGAGACAGAGACAGAGACAGAGGAGACAGAAAGAGACAGAAAGAGACGGAGACAGAGACAGAAAGAGACAGAAAGAGACAGAAAGGGACAGAAAGAGACAGAGACGGAGACAGAGAGACAGGGGGAGAGAGACGGAGACGGGGAGAGACAGAAGGAGACAGAGACGGAGACAGAGAGAGACAGAGUCGGAGACAGAAAGAGACAGACACAGACACAGACAUACAGAAAGAGACAGAAAGAGACAGAGAGAGACAGGGAGAGACAGAGAGACAGAAAGAGACAGAAAGAGACAGAGAGACAGAAAGAGACAGAGAGAGACGGAGAGACAGAAAGAGACAGAAAGACACGGAGAGAGACAGAGAGACAGAAAGAGACAGAUAGAGACAGGGAGAGACAGAAAGAGACAGAGAGACAGAAAGAGACAAAGAGACAGAAAGAGACAAAGAGACGCAGGGGGUAG